UUCGUGUUUUCUUCGACUCCUCGCUGCAGAAACCCCAAUCCUCGCCAGGGGCUUCGCCACCCAUGGCGGCGCCGACUCCACUGGCCCUUAAGCGGAGCUACCGCUGCGUGUCGUCGCUGCAGCAAUUCUACAGCGGCGGCCCUUUCGCCGUGUCCUCCGACGGCGCCUCCCUCGCUUGCGCUUGCGGCGACGAGAUAAAGAUCGUGAACUCCUCCGAUGCCUGCGUACUGGCGAGCCUUGGCUGUGAUUCAGAGUCUGUUACCGCCUUCACCUUCAGCCCCGAUGGCUGCUUUCUCUUCUCCGCAGGCCACAGCCGACUGAUCCGGGUUUGGGAUCUUUCCUCCCGGAAGUGCGUUCGUUCUUGGAAGGGCCAUGAUGGUCCAGCUAUGACCAUGGCAUGCCAUUCUUCUGGUGGUUUGCUAGCAACAGGAGGAGCAGAUAGAAAGGUUUGUGUUUGGGAUGUAGAUGGCGGUUUUUGCACGCAUUUCUUCAAAGGUCACCAGGGAGUUGUGACAUGCAUCAAGUUCCACACCGACCCAAACCGGUUACUUCUAUUCUCAGGUAGUGAUGAUGCCAGUGUUCGAGUUUGGAAUCUUGAAUCUAAAAAGUGUGUUGCAGUGCUGGAAAAACAUUUCUCACCAGUGACUUCAUUGGCAUUAUCUGAAGAUGGCCAAAUUUUACUGAGUGCUGGAAGAGAUAAGGUUGUGAACAAAUGGGACCUGCGUAACUAUAGCUUUAAUAUGACAAUACCAACAUAUGAGAUGGUGGAAACCGUUUGCAUCAUUCAACCUGGUAAUUGUUUGUCUGCCCUUUUGGAAACCAGUGGGCAUAGAAAACCUGGUGCUUCAGCUCCAGUUUACUUUCUGACUGUUGGUGAACGUGGGAUUGUACGUAUAUGGAGCUCGGAAGGUGCAGUUUGCUUAUAUGAGCAGCAAUCUUCAGAUGUAACCCUUGGCUCUGAUGAGGAUGACUUGAGAAGGGGAUUCCUAUCAGCUGUUGUAUUACCUUCAGAUUUAGGAUUGCUCUGUGUAACCGCUGACCAGCAGUUUCUGUUUUAUUGCCCUAUGAAAUCUGCUGGAGGAAUGCUUCAGUUGAACUUGUACAAGAGACUUGUAGGAUAUAAUGAAGAGAUUCUUGAUAUGAAGUUUCUAGGUGAUGAUGAACAAUAUCUUGCUGUUGCUACAAAUCUGGAACAGGUGCGAGUAUAUGAUGUUGCAUCCAUGUCAUGUGCCUAUGUUCUAGUGGGGCAUACAGACAUUGUUGUCUGCAUUGACACUUGCAUUUCAACUUAUGGGAGAACGAUGUUGGUAACAGGAAGCAAGGAUAAUAGUGUCCGGUUAUGGGAUGUCAAAAGCAGACAUUGUAUCGGAAUUGGUAGAGGUCAUAUGGGCGCUGUUGGAGCUGUAGCUUUUUCUAAGAAAUGGAAGAAUUUUUUGGUUAGUGGUAGCAGUGAUCGGACCAUUAAAGUCUGGAGCUUUGAAGGUGUCUCUGAAGAUGGGGAUCAGGAGAUUGCCCUUAAAGCAAAGGCAGUUGUGGCUGCACAUGAUAAAGACAUCAAUUCUCUUGCCGUCUCACCCAAUGAUAGUCUUGUUUGUAGUGGUUCUGAGGAUCACACUGCUUGUAUUUGGAGACUUCCUGAUCUAGUAUCUGUAGCUGUGCUUAAAGGGCACAAAAGGGGAAUCUGGUCUGUGGAGUUCUCUCCUGUAGAUCAAUGUGUAAUAACAUCAUCUGGUGAUAGAACUAUAAAGAUAUGGGCUGUUUCUGAUGGCUCAUGCUUAAAAACAUUUGAAGGCCAUACUUCAAGUGUAUUACGAGCUUCAUUUCUUUCACGUGGGACCCAAUUCGUUUCAUGUGGUGGUGAUGGCUUAAUUAAACUCUGGACAAUCAAGACAAGUGAGUGCAUUGCAACCUAUGACCAGCAUGAAGGCAAGAUUUGGUCAUUGGCUGUUGGGAAGAAGACAGAGAUGCUAGUGACUGGUGGUACAGAUGCCUUAAUUAAUUUUUGGCAUGAUUCAACUGCUGCAGAUAAGCAGGAAGCCUUUCUUAGAGAGGAAGAAGCAAUUUUGAGGGCGCAAGAACUGGAAAAUGCUGUGUCAGAUGCUGAUUAUACAAAGGCGAUUCAACUUGCAUUUGAACUUCGGAGACCACACAAACUCUUUGAUCUAUUUUCACGUCUUUGCAGGAGAAGAGAUGUUGAAGACCCAAUAGAGAAGGCUCUUGGUGGUCUUGGAAAGGAAGAAAUCCAUGUGCUUCUUGAAUAUGUACGGGAAUGGAACACAAAGCCCAAACUGUGUCAUGUUGCACAGGCGGUGCUUUUUCGAAUGUUCAGAAUCUUUCCUCCGACUGACAUUGUGGAGGUUAAGGGUGUUAGUGAACUCCUUGAGGGUCUUAUACCUUAUUCGCAGAGGCAUUUUAGCAGGAUUGACAGGUUCGUGAGAAGCACCUUUUUGUUGGACUAUGUUCUGACCAGGAUGUCCGUUGUCGACCCAGAGGAGACGAACCUUCCAAAUAAUGGAGAACAUCCUAUGGCUUCAGAGAAUGGUGUGGCUGACGAACAAGAUGCACCUCAAAGUAAUAGCCAAGUAGAUGAGAUAUCGUGCAAAGGUGACACAGACAAAUCAUCGACCUCUAAUGAGAUGGACAGUAUGACAUCUUUGAAGAAAAGAAAAUCAAGGAAAUCGAAGAAAGGCUCAACCAAGAAAGUCAAGUUGACAAAGCACAAGAACAGUUCAACCAUUUCAGUGGAGGCCUGAAUUCUCCAUGCCACCUUCCUCGUCUCACAAAAAGAGAAUUUUGGUAGCUAGCGUUACAAGUUCGGUCGGCCGUUUCUUUUGGUGUAUUAUGUAAGAGUAUUUUGUUUUCUUGUAGAUCAUACAGUAGAGAUUCCUCCGCUGAUGGCAGUGCUGCUCUGUUUUUUCUUUUUUGGGACUUGUAACAUAUAUUGAUUACAUUAGAUGCAGUGUAUUAUUAUUACCAUACAAGAAAAUGAACUUGUUUCACGUUUA